AUGGGUCUGUUCUCUGAGCUACUGGGCGCGUUCAACCCCGCCUCGCACGACGAGGCCCAGCAGAACUACCAGCAGGUGUACCAGCAGCCCCACCACGAAGGCUCCCUCACGCACGAGGCGCUCGCCGGUGCGGCCGGGUUCGCCGCUAUGCACGCCUACGAGUCGCACCUGCGCGCGACCGGCCAGCCCGUCUCGCACCCCCUCAUGAAAGAGAUCCUCGCAGCGGCCGCGGCGGCCGAAGUCGACAAGCUCGUCGAGACGAAGGGGCUCGACUACCUCGACCGCGCAAAGGCGAAGAAGAUGGCGGAGAAGCAGGCGCACGCGCUUGCUGAGCAGCGCUACGGCAGCGGCAAUACGGGGUUCGAGUAUGCACGGAGUCAGGGCGGGCCGGCGCAGGAGUUUAGGGG